GAAGUUAGUCCGAGUGGUGGGAGCAAGCGGACUUCAGAGCAUCAUGGGUACUCAGUGGGUAGUAGUGGUGGUGGCAGUCGCGGCUUGUGUCCUGCACAGCCCCGAGGCCAGGCCCACCCAGACGUCUCCAUCCAAAGCCGCUUCUCAGCCCUCCUCCCCGAAAACCUCCGUCCGCCUCCAAAACCUGUCCCAGACGGUGAAGGGCGACCUCAACCGCGUGUGGAACUCGCAGCUCGACCAACAGCGGGCCAAGGUCAACCUGCCCGAUAACACAGUCAAGUUCUUCGACCGCCCAGGCGAGGGCCGCUAUCUCUACGGCUUCGAGGCUGGCGACGACGGCCGCACGCACAUGCAGGCCUCCGACGGCAAGGGCCAGACCGUCGGGAAAUACUCGUACACCGACGCCAACGGCAAGGACGUCGAGGUGCACUACGUGUCCGACGACAGCGGGUUCAGGGUGAUCAGCAACAACCUUCCCGAAGACACCGACGACGUGAAGAAAGCCAAGGAGGAAUUCUUCAAGUUCUUCGAGGAGAGGAAAGCCGCUCAUCAGGCAGACAAAGACAACGCCGCCGUGGUCGAGAUGAUCGGAAAGUCGGCCGUUCCCGUGGCCGCUGCGUCGACGGCGGCCAAGGCUGCUGUGGCGGAGGAGGAAGAGGAAGGCGACGGAGGGGAAGAAGGCGAAGGAGAGGAAGGGGAAGGAGAAGAAGAGGAAGAAGAAGAGGAGGAAGAGGAAGAAGGAGAGGAGGAUGAGGAAGAAGAGGAGGAGGAUGAAGAGGAAGAGGAAGAGGAAGAAGAGGAUGAGGAGGAAGAUGAAGACGAGGAGGAGGAAGAUGAUGAGGAAGAAGAUGAAGAUGAAGAAGAAGACGACGACGAAGACGAGGAGGAGGAGGAAGAUUCGGAUGAAGAGGAAGAGGAAGAUUCAGAUGAAGAGGAAGAUUCGGACGAAGAAGACAGCUCUUCCUCAUCAGAAGAAGACAGCAGCAGCAGCAGCAGCAGUGAGGAGGACAGCGAUGAGGAUGAGGAAGACAGCGAUGAGGAUGAGGAAGGAGAUGAUGAUGACGAAGAAGAUGAAGAGGAGGAAGGCGAAGAAGACGAUGAAGAAGAAGAUGAUGAUGAAGAAGAGGACGAGGACGACGAUGAGGACGAAGAGGAUUCCGACGAAGGGGAUGACGAGGACAGCAGUUCGUCUUCCUCCUCCUCCUCCUCCUCCUCUUCCUCAGAGGAAGAUGACGAGGAAGAGGACAGUGACGAGGAGGACGAGGACUCCAUGAGCGAGCAGAGCUUACUCAGCAAGUUCCAGAAGGACUUCGGCCGGAGACUUUAUACCACAAAGAUCCAUUACCCCGGCACAGCCAAUACGAUCUGAUAGGGAGAAAGGUCCUUUGUAUUUUCUUUUCCUCAGAUUUUGACCUUAUGGAAGUCGAAAAAGGGAGAAAAUUAAGUUCCGAAGUCACGUAUCUUCUUGGUAUCAGCUGACUCCGGUCGAUUUAUUUUUCU